AUGGAGGAUCCCGAGUUUGAAGCCAGAGGCGGAGACGCCGGUGUGGCGGCCGCUUCGAAUGCGGCCUGCGGCGCCGGCCUUCGGUUUCUGGGCGACCCUCCCUCAGCCUCCUCCCGGGUCACCGAGACUCUUCCUGGUGACCCUCCUGUCCCAGCAGCGUCGCCCAGAUUUCGACUCUUCCACUUGGGCCCAGUCCGAGGCAAGCCCCGAGGCUGGGUGGGCCCGUCCACUCACCUACGGGGUCCCGCCGCCGUCGCCAUGGCAUGCAGUUUGCAGAAGCUGUUUGCUGUGGAAGAGGAAUUUGAAGAUGAGGAUUUCUUGUCUGCAGUGGAAAAUGCUGAGAACCAGUUUGUUGGAGCACUGCCUGUGAAUGCUGGGUGUUUGAGACCUGUCUCUUCCAGGCCACCGGAAGCCAUGCAGACUUUGAGUCCAUUGCCAUUACACCCCACUGUUCCUCUAACCCUCCCAUCCCUGGGAGUCUGCCUCCCUACCUCAGUGCCCCUGAGGCCUGUCUCGACUUCCAGCAGCUGGACUGGCAAUCAGAGAAUGACCCUAACAGAAGGUCUGCGAGAGCCAGCCCGCUUCCAGUCUCCACAUUCUGUCCUUACCUGGGAAAAGCAGCAGGGCAUGGGUGGCUUUGAGGGACCCGAACAAGACGACUUUGAUAAAGUCCUGGCAAGCAUGGAACUGGAGGCAGCUAGCAUGGAGCUGGAACUUGGAGUUAGCAGUGAGAUCACACAAAUCUCGCCUGCUCAACAUCAGGAGGACUCAGUAUUGGCUAAAAAGGCCCGAAGAGCUGAUCUCAGUGGGACAUGUCAGAAGGGGCCCGUGCCAGCCACCCACACAGCGGGCAUCAUGUCAGUCCAGGAUGAACCUCUUCAGCUGCCUAGCCACGACAGACCUGCUGCCUUGGGCAGCCCUCCCACCCCACUGAUCUCAGCAGUUCCUGCUCGGCACCCCCCCUGGGAAGUCUGCCCCAAAGGCCCCUCUGUUCCAGCACCCCAGCCUCUCCAAGCUGGGGGACGGCCCAUUCAGAGCAGCCCUCAAAAUCGUAUGCCCAGUCUGCCAUUCCAGUCUCCCAAUGCCCGGUUACAAGGCAAACCUCGUUUUUCUGGACCUCAGACUCCCAACUCCAGCUGCUCUAUUCCCUCAAGGGCCAGCGGUGCUGUACUUUCUCAGGGGCCUUUGCAAUUUCGAACCCCAGUGUGUUCUGUUGAGUCUCCUGUUACCCCAAAAGGUCCCCAUUCCUCCCUGGUUUCCCAGGCUACUGUGCAGGCACCCAGAGUCACCAACCACCUAGUACAGCUGGUCACAGCUGCUAGCCGGACACCCCCACAGCCCACCAGAGCCAAAACUCGCCGCUUCCCUGGCCCAGCAGGGCUUCUGCCUCACCAGCAUAGUGGGAAGAAUCUGGAGGAGAUCAUGGUUUCCACACCCCAAACUCCAACUCACGGUGCUCUGGCUAAAUUCCAGACAGAGGUUGCUGCUAGUUCCCAGGUAUCAGUGGAGGAAGAUUUUGGGAAAGGGCCUUGGUUGACCAUGAAAUCCUCUCUGGGCCUGGAUGAGAGGGAUCCCACUUGCUUCCUCUGCACCUACAGCAUUGUCAUGGUGCUUCGGAAGGCAGCCCUGAAGCAACUUCCCAGAAACAAGGUUCCCAACAUGGCGGUGAUGAUCAAGUCUCUGACUCGGAGCACGGUGGAUGCCAGUGUGGUUUUUAAGGACCCCACAGGAGAAAUGCAGGGGACCAUACACAGGGUGCUUCUGGAGACACGCCAGAAUGAGUUGAAGCCUGGCUCAGUGCUGCUGCUGAAGCAGAUUGGAGUGUUUUCUCCUUCACUCCGGAAUCACUAUCUCAAUGUGACACCCAACAACCUGGUCCAUAUUUACAGCUCAGAUUCUGGGGAUGGGAACUUUCUCAAGCCAUCUCAACUAUUCUCCAAGGGUCCCAGAAGCUUCUGUGACAACUUCCAGCCUAAUGUGACCCCAAAGCCAGCACAGAACCCAGUGGUGUCCCUGGAGGAAGAACUCCCAGAAGCAGAUGACCUGGAUGGACUCCUGAGUGAACUCCCUGAGGACUUCUUCAAUGUGCCCAGCAGUUGGGACUGCCCCAAAGCAGGGCAUCCACCAUGA